AUGAACUGCAUCCUGUUAACCACCUGCCUGGUGCUGCUGGCUUUUUGUAGUUCUGGUUAUGCCCUAAGGUGUUACCACUGUGAGAACAGCCCUUCCUUGUGCAAGACCAACAGUACUUGCUUACCGAUUGAAGAUACUUGCCUGCAGAUGAAAUUUGGUAAAUUGAGAACUUCCUCCUGCUGGAAGACGUCCCAGUGCACUGUGAAUGACAUUGCUGAGUUCUUCCAGCUGGAUAAUUUUGAUUUCUUCUGCUGCCAGCACGACCUGUGCAAUGACAGCACAAUGACCAGGGUUAACCAAGCAGCCUUCAGUAUUGCCUCUGUGGUGACCAUGUUCUGGAUGCUUCUGUAA